AUGCAUUUCUCGACGACUUCAUUCAUUCCAUCUGCUUCUCGAAUGCUUCCGACACUUGUUUUAUUCUCGAUUCUUCUAUAUUUUACUUCUGGUUCUGACUGGAACGAUUCAAAAGUGACCGAAAUCAUACGGUAUGAUGGGAGAAAAAUUCCAUUUGAGAAUCGACAACAAGUGUUUUAUUAUGUGAACAUUUCGAAUCCAUCAGUCGAAAUCAGAGUGAAGUGUGCUCAUUGUAAUGCGGAAAGAUGUCGUCCUCUUCCAUUCUGCUACUCCAUAAAAUACUCUGAAGAGACUCGAAGCACUGGAGAUUACUGUGCCGACGAGGCAGAAAUGUUUUCUCUGGUGGGUGCUCAGCUCGAUGCAACGACAUCUUCACAAAGAAAACGGCGACGUCUUCAUGAAUCAUGUCUGCCAUCAAUCAAUGAUCAUACUAUAAACUACUGUGUUUGUCAAACGUUCGACGACGACGCUUCUUCGCGAGAGUACGAUGCAUUGCGUCGAAUUAGAAUAUGGAGAUAUCAGAGUUUGAUAUUUCAUGAUGAAAUUCAGAAGGAAGGAGUUGAGUGUAGAUCAAUUACAAUGAUUCUUCUUGUGACGAUUUCAUGGUGA